AGAGAUUCGCAUUUGUUAAAAUAUGAAAAAAUGUCCUGAAUUUUUCAAAGGCCGUCCAACAAAAUUGAGUGAAAGAUGAAACAAAAAACAAGCGGGACGAGGAAGGUAGAGGUAAGCAAAGUGUACACAUAAAGGCAGGCGGAUGAAAGCAAACAGCAGCUCAUUGAAACCCGUCAUCCAUAUUAUCAGUUAUUUAUCAUAUCUGAUAUCUAUAAAGAAAGGUAUAAAGAUUCUUUCUCUUCUUUAAUUGGAGCAAAGAUUCCUCUCUCAAGCAAACAAUCCAAGAAAGAAAGAAGAAAGAUUAGGUGCAGAGCUGGUAUUGGGGGAUUGAGAUUUAUACAGCAACCCUCCAUUUCCUCGUCUUUGCUGAGAUUAGAGGCCUUUGCGCCCCCCCAAAAUGGACGACGAUGUUGUAAAGCGAGUCUUCCAAGAAGGAGGCCGUGACUAUUUCCAACAGCAACCCUCAACUUCCUCUUCCUCUUCCUCUAUUCUCCAGUCACUUCCUCUCCAUGUGUCUUUUGAUCACGGGUAUUAUUUGCUAGUAAAAUCUAUCCAAGAACUUAGAGAGAAAAAAGAGGGCAUUGUAACAGUUGGCAUUGGCGGUCCAAGUGGUUCUGGUAAAUCAAGCUUAGCAGAAAAGGUGGCAUCUGUUAUUGGUUGUACUGUUGUCUCAAUGGAGAACUAUCGUGAUGGAUUUGAUGAAGGGAAUGAUCUGGGUUCAAUAGAUUUUGAUAUGCUGGUCAGAAAUCUUGAGGAUUUGACAAAGGGUGAAGAUACAUUGAUUCCAGUCUUUGACUAUCAACAAAAGAAACGUGUUGGUUCAAAAACAAUAAAGAGUGCUUCAUCUGGGGUGGUAAUAGUUGAUGGAACCUAUGCUUUGCAUGCAAAAUUGCGCUCUUUGCUAGAUAUUCGAGUUGCAGUGGUUGGUGGUGUUCAUUUUAGCCUUCUUUCCAAAGUUCAAUAUGAUAUCGGAGAUUCUUGUUCACUGGAUUACCUUAUUGACAGCAUUUUCCCAUUGUUUAGGAAGCACAUUGAACCAGACCUUCAUCAUGCACAGAUUAGGAUUAACAACAGCUUUGUCUCAUCAUUUAGGGAGGCAAUCUACAAGCUGAAAUGCAGGAGUGAGGCAGCAGAAGAACAUUUUGCUUAUGCCUUUCAAGGAAAUGAAGCUCAAAUAGAUAAUUUCAUUGAGAUGUAUCUUAGGCCUCCUUCAGCAAGUGAAGAAGCACGGAUAAAUGAUUGGAUCAAGGUGCGCCAAUCGGGUAUAAGAUAUUAUCUGUCACUUGGGGACCAGAGGAUUGUCGACAAAAAUUUCAUUAUCAGGCCAAAAGCUGAAUUUGAGGUAAGAAGUAUUUUCAUAGGUUUUGACCAUAGUAUAGACAUUAUAAUAAAUAAAUGUUUACUUUUUCAGGCACUGUUGGAGAAUAAAGGUUUUCCAGUUAUAGUUGGAAUUGGAGGUCCAAGUGGUUCUGGAAAAACUAGUUUGGCUCAUAAAAUGGCAAACAUAGUUGGUUGUGAAGUUGUUUCCCUUGAAAGCUAUUAUAAAUCUGAACAAGUAAAGGAUUUCAAGUAUGACGACUUCAGCUCGCUCGAUCUAUCUUUGCUUUCAAAAAACAUUGAUGACAUAAGGAAUGGUCAAAGGACAAAAGUACCCAUAUUUGAUUUGGAAACUGGUGUUCAGAGUGGCUUCAAGGAACUUGAAGUUUCUGAAGACUGUGGAGUGAUUAUUUUUGAAGGAGUUUAUGCUUUGCAUCCAGAUAUCCGAAAAUCACUUGACUUGUGGAUUGCUGUUGUUGGAGGUGUUCAUUCACAUCUCAUUUCUAGAGUUCAAAGGGACAAAAGUAGAGUGGGGUGUUUUAUGUCCCAGAAUGAGAUCAUGAUGACAGUGUUUCCAAUGUUCCAGCAGUUCAUUGAACCUCAUCUUGUUCAUGCACACCUCAAAAUUCGAAAUGACUUUGAUCCCGUGCUUUCCCCCGAGAGUUCAUUGUUUGUAUUGAAGAGUAACAAGCAAGUGGCUUAUCAAGAUAUUUUGAAAAUACUGGAUCCUGCAAAGUUCUGCAGCUCUGUCCAGAAUUUCAUUGAUAUAUACCUGAAGCUUCCUGGACUUCCUACUAAUGGGCAGUUAACAGAGGGUGACUGCAUUCGGGUCAGAAUAUGUGAGGGCAGAUUCGCGUUGCUGAUACGGGAGCCUAUAAGAGAAGGAAACUUCAUCAUCCAACCUAAAGUGGAUUUUGAUAUUAGCAUUAGUACAGUUGCUGGGCUUCUUAACCUUGGGUAUCAAGCUGUAGCUUAUAUUGAAGCAUCUGCUUUCAUCUAUCAAGAUGGAAAGAUUUUGAUUGAGGUUGAUCAUCUACAAGAUGCCCCGAACCCUUACCUGCAAAUCAAGGGGGUUGAUAAAGAAGCUGUAGCAGCUGCAGGAUCAAUGCUUAAAUUGGAUGGUUCAUAUACUACAAAGAGCUAUCUUCAAAUAGUGCUGGAAAGAUUGCCAGCAUCAGGAAGAGGCUCAGGUGGAAUUCACACUCAGCAAGCUGCAAGGUUGCAGGAACUUGUGGAAUUUAUUCAAUCUCAGGGCAGCAGUUCAGCUUCUGAAUCUUCACCAAUUAGAGAAGUUUCUCCGGUUGAAGGGGUUAUCGAAGACAUGCAGUCAAGGAUUAGAAGACUUGAGCGGUGGCAUACAAUCAACACGGUACUAUGGACAUUUUUGAUGUCUGCGCUUGUUGGUUAUUCACUCUACCAAAGGAAGCGUCAGUGAUGCCGUCCCGGUUGUUUUCUGUUUACCAUUGCAAGAAAGAGACUUUAUUGUUGCAUUGAUCAUAUCAUCAUUUUUACUGCGGCUGUCUCAUCUCCUUCCGCAGGUUCAAGUCAAUUGCUGAUUAUACAGAGUCAAAACAGUAACUUCCUAACUACAGUCCACAGUUGCGUUUUAUGUGACUCAUAACAGUGAUACGCACAACUUGAGAGCCAUUUAUUGUAUCAAAGUGAUCAUUCUCUUACACUAUGGUGAAAAGAAAGAAAAUGAAAAGUACAUACAGGCUGAGACUCAGAGAAGAAUACACUCACUCCUCCUCCGUUUAUUUUUUCUCUUUUUGUUAGAAGUUAUAAUUUACUCAAUGAAAGAUUAUUGAUGAGUUGUUUGCUGCUCUUGCUCUGCCCCCCAUUCCAUUAAAAUAUCAGAAUAUACGUUUUGCUUUGAACCCC